AUGGCGAACGUCAACAGCAUCGUGGGAGAGCCACGCGAGGCGCCUCCCGCUGACAUUGAGAAGACGACCAGCCCGCAUGAAAAAGACCUCGCACAAUUUGCCGCCCACAGCAAGGAGGACGACUCGGACGACAGUUCCCAGUUCAAGCAGGACGGUGUCAAGCAGGUCGAGGCCGUGACCCAGGUCUGGGACAAGAAGGCCCUCUGGACCGUUUUUGGAUUGCUGUAUCUCGUCAGUUUCGUCGACACGCUCUUCCAAGCCGUAACAGGCGGCUUAGAGCCAUACAUCACCUCGUCAUUUGGCCAGCAUGGCCUCCUGUCCGUGGUCAGCGUCAUCUCGUCCAUCGUUGGCGGCUCCAGCAAGCUAGCCAUCGCCAAGGUCAUCGACAUCCGCGGUCGAUGCGAAGGCUUCAUCUUCAUGAUAGUCCUGAUCAUCGUCGGCAUCCUUAUGAAGGCGCUCUGCAAGAAUGUCGAGACAUACACUGCUGGUCAGACAUUCUACUGGGUCGGUCACAUUGGACUCGGAUACAUCAUCGAGGUUAUCCUGUCCGACAUGACCACCCUCCGCAACCGAAUGUUCAUGUGGGGUCUGUAUAUGAGCCCUCGUAUUGCUGGGACGUUUGGCGGUCCCCCCAUUGCCGAGCUCUUCUAUAAGAAGUCGACCUUCCGAUGGGCCUUCGGCGCUUUCAUCAUCAUCAUCACGGCGUGUGCUGUCCCUGUCGUCGCCAUCCUUCUCUACUAUGAGGCCAAGGCCAAGAAGUUGCAGGUGCUCGCGGAGAAGCCGAAGCGCACCGCAUGGGAGUCUGUGAAAUACUACGUUGUCGAGUUUGAUGUGGUCGGCAUGCUCCUCACUAUCGCAGGCUUCUCCCUGAUCCUGCUGCCCAUGAGCAUCGCCAAGCGAGCACCCAACGGCUGGGCCACUGGCUAUAUCAUAGCCAUGCUUGUCAUUGGAGUAUUGUGCCUUGCCGCCUUUGGCGUGUGGGAGAAGUGGUUCGCCAAGGUGCCGUAUCUGCCAUUUGAGUACCUCAAGAACCGGACCAUCCUGGGCGCAUGUCUGCUCGAUGGAUUUCUCUUUAUGUCGGUCUUCUGCUGGGACACGUACUACAAUUCGUACCUGCAGGUCGUUCACGGCUUGAGCAUCACCGUUUCCGGCUAUACCCUCAACGCCUACUCGCUGACCUCGACAUUCCUCGCUCCGUUCAUCGGGCUCUUUCUUCGGUGGUAUGGUCGGUACUACUGGGUGGCCGUCUCCGGCAUUCCGUUUUGUGUUCUGGGCACUGCCUUGCUGUACCAUUUCCGCCAGCCUGGCGAGGAUAUUGGCUACCUCGUCAUGUGCCAGGUCUUUCAUGGAAUUUCCGGAGGCCUCUGGGCCAUGACGGGUCCUCUCGCGCUGAUGGCUUCUGUUGGGCACCAGGACAUUGCCGUGGUUCUUGCGUUGCACGGCAUGUUUUCGUCCAUCGGCCGAUCCAUUGGCCUGGGCAUCUCAGGAGCCAUAUGGAACAACGAUCUGCCCGUGGAGAUCUACAGGGAGCUCCCUGACAAUGCCAAGAAUCAGAGUGCGGCGCUCUUUGGCGACAUGCGCCUGCAGCUCCACGAUCCUCUGGGCACGCCUAUCCGUGACGCUGUUGUCGCGGCGUAUGGCACGGUCCAGCGGCGGAUGGUCAUCGCCGGUUGCGCCAUCCUGCCCUUCAUUGUCGCGUGCGUGCUCGUUUGGCGGAACCUCCCUAUCGACAGGAAGCAGACUAAGGGCACCGUGUUCUGA